UUGCUCCACAACCUCUCAGGCAGCAGAUGGAGAAGCCCCAGAGGAUGGUGGCCGCUGCCCUGCUGUGUGUGCUGGCCGUGGGGCUGGGCCUGGCCCAGCACUGGUCCUAUGGGCUCCAGCCAGGGGGCAAGAGGAGCACCCAGGUCCUGCUGGGGCCAUUCCAGGAGGUUCCUCGUGUCACUUUUCCAAUCCAGAUUCCAAAAGAAAUGGAAAACUUAGAGGAGGUGCAGCAGAGUGAGUGCCCAGGCUCGUACCAGAAUUCCAGGAUCAGGGAUCUGAAGGAAGCCAUGGAGAGGCUGGUGGAGGGAGAAGGCAGAAGAAAGAAGGUUUAAAAAUACCCAAAGUGAAAUGGGGCCAGAGUGAGGUUUCAAAACUGUGUUAAAAUAAAUUCCUCCUCAAAUGGUCUUUGCUUGGAUCAAUAUGUGAAUAAAUAUUCUGA